AUGCUCCGCUCUGCCAUCGCCUGGAGCGACGGAACCCUCUCUGGGUUUCGUUCCCGUCACUACUCCGACCGAAUCUCGCCGCCGAGAGGGAAUGUGCCAAACGAGUACCUCAUGGCAGACAUGGCUUGCCCUUUUGAAGCAGAUUCGGAAACCGCAACAAUUGGGAAGUUCAUGACAGGGUUGAAGCACUUAGAGCUUCGAUUCUCGAGGUUAACGGCUAAAGGGAUCGAGUCGAUUAGCGAAGGGUGCUCGAAUUUGGAGUUCCUGGAUUUGUCAGGGUGUGUUAAUGUCAGGGGGACGCUGCGAGCUUGA